CGGCUAUUUUACUAUAAAGUUUUUCUAUUUUUCUGAAUGUCUGCUGUCUGGGUACUACCAGGUAGAUCUAGAUUAGAUCUAGUAUGUGGGUUUGCUGACUUCUUGAAUCAUGGGCAGAUCUUCAAAGGAUAAACGGGACGUUUACUACCGAAGAGCAAAAGAAGAGGGAUGGAGAGCUCGGAGUGCUUACAAACUACUGCAAAUCAAUGAUGAUUUCGACAUAUUUGGAGGAGUGAAAAAAGUGGUUGACCUAUGCGCUGCACCAGGAAGCUGGAGCCAAGUCCUGGCCAAGAAACUGAGGGGUGCUGCAGGAGCCGAGUCUGAUGCCAAAAUUGUGGCUGUCGAUCUCCAGGCUAUGGCUCCUAUACCGGGUGUCAUCCAGAUACAGGGAGACAUCACCAAGAAAUCAACUGCUCAAGCCAUUAUCGGCCAUUUUGAAGGAGAGCAGGCAGAUCUGGUGGUGUGUGACGGAGCCCCUGAUGUGACGGGGCUUCAUGACAUUGACGAGUACAUUCAAGCACAGCUGCUGCUGGCUGCUCUGAACAUCACCACUCAUGUCCUCAAGUCAGGCGGGACUUUUGUUGCCAAGAUUUUCCGGGGCAAGGAUGUCACGCUACUGUACGCACAACUCAAGAUUUUCUUCCCGGAGGUCACAGUGUUCAAGCCUCGGAGCAGUCGCAACUCCAGUAUAGAGGCGUUUGUCGUAUGCCAGGGUUACUCCCCACCAGAGGGCUAUAUCCCCAACAUGUCCAACCCUCUGCUAGAUCAGCAAUACGAUUUGGAUUUCAACAAUCUGGAAGGUCCUAACCGUGUGAUUGUCCCAUUCCUGGCCUGUGGAGACUUGAGUGGGUUUGACUCGGAUAUGACUUAUCCUUUACAGCUGGGCGAGGGGGAGAGCUACACGUACCACUCGCCCACACAGUCCCCGAUCAACCCACCCUACAAGGAGGCCUGUGAACUGCGUCGGUCCGACAGGCUGGUCAAGCCAUCUGCCUCGGUUCUCACGUCUGCUGAUGAGGACAGGCAAGGAGUGGACAGUGGUCAACUGGGAGCUGGAGGUGCUGUAGGUGGUUGUGGUGAUAGUGGUAGUGGUGACAUUGUAUCGGGAAGCAGCCAGAAAAGUGUUGAAAAGACUGUAAAUGUUGAUGCUGUCAGUGGGAGUGUACGAGAUUUGGUAAUAAAGUAAAAUUGUUGUAAUUGUAA